AUGUUGGGAGGAAAGGAAGAAGAAAGAAUCCACAACCGGCUUCCACUGAAACCCCAUGUUUCUUUCAAUAAUUAUUACAGUUGGAAGGAGAAGCUCAGAGAGAAAUGUUUCAAGAGGGUCAGGGAGGAUCGGAAUCGGCUGCUCUGGAAACUCAGAUUAUCCAAUAACAUGGAUCAAUCUAUACAUUCACAGGAUAUCAAAUCGACUUUCAGGGACAUAGUUUCUGAUGAACUCAAAAGCAUAAAGUCUUCGUCUAUAGACAGCAAUUUUGAUGAAUUACCUACAAUUCCUGCCGAUGGUGAUGCAAUUUGGGAAUAUAAUGGACUGCCCAUAGCUGAUGAAGGAGACUGUGAAGACAUUUUAUUAGAGAUGCAGAAGAUAUUCUAUGAGGAACUUAGGUUGGAAGAGGGUAGAAAAGAAUCGGAAAUCAUGAGCUGGGAUGAUGAAGAAGAUGAAUACUUGGCGCGUGAAGUUCUUAAGCAUAUGCAGCUUCAGGAUGAACAGGUAAAUUUGGAAUUCUUGCGUAGUCGGUUGGCUGAAGCUCACGCUGAUCAUCUUGACCGGGGUUGCAAAUUGAGACCUGGGUUCUGCAUAGAGAGUAGAUUUGGGCUUACAGCUCUAUACAUCAAGUGUGAGGAUUGCCGUACAUUUGAGGUUGUGAUAUAGGGCCGUAUAGCCAUCUUACAGAAACAGCUUGUUUGAAAAUUAAGUUUACACAGAAGCAUGUUGUGUGCAAAACACCUUUUUUCCAAUGGUUAAUGUCAAUAAGGCAAGAUUUUACAAGC